CAAUGUUCCACUUCCUUUUGCAGAAGCACUGGCAGCAUCCUCAAGACCUGCAGGCCCCACAAAAUCUGCAUCAACCAAGGAUGCACCCCACCUAGCUGCAGCCGACAGCACCACAGGCAGCCAGGAGGAUGAAGACAGUGGUGGUGGGCUCUUCAGCAAAGCAGCUGCAGGGCUGUCCUUUGCCGAUUUGGCUAAACAGCAGCCGGGUACAGGUUUUGGCUUCCAAGGGCCGUCUCCCAAGAGUGGGCAGUCCCUUUUCUCUGGAGCAGGCACCAAGCUGUUCCAGUCAGCUACGGCCAGGCGCAAGUCUGAGGCUGAGGACGAUGGUGCAGACGAGGUAGCCCCUAGCGUCGACAUCCACUUUGAGCCUGUGGUGCCUUUACCAGACUUGGUGGAGCUGCGCACUGGUGAAGAAGAUGAAGAACAGCUGUUUUGUCACCGGGCUAAGUUGUUUGUGUUUGACAGCCAGCUCAAGCAGUGGAAGGAGCGAGCCAUAGGCGACAUCAAGAUUCUCAAGCACAAGACCCGACCCUGUUGUUUUCGUGUGGUCAUGAGGAGAGACCAGGUGCACAAGGUUGCCUGCAACCACUCCAUCACAGAGUUCACGAAAUUGUCCCCACUGUCCACCUCUUCCAAUUCGCUUACAUGGAAAGCAUUGGACUUCUCCGAAGGAAAGACAUCUCCAGAAGCCUUUGCCGUCCGCUUCAAGAAUGCAGAAGCUAUGAACAAGUUUGCCAAAGUGUUUGAAGAGUGCAGGCUAGCUGUUGUGGAAAGGGGAAGCCAACCUGCUGGCUCUGAAAGAAAUGGUGACUUGGAGCAAGAGCAAGUUGAAGACAGAACAAGGAAAGAGGAGGAGGAAGAUAUAGAUGAAGAGGAUGAUGAUGACGACGAUGACGAAUAUGAGGAUGAUGACGAUGAUGAUGAGCACGGGGAAGAUAUCAUGUUUGAAAAGAGGAUCACUCUGGCUGUGCAGAAACCAGGUGGAAAUACUUACGUGCCCCUUGGGAUGGGCAACCUGAAGAUGGUGUAUGACGACUCGUGCUUCGGGGCACGCAUCCGGGUCACCGCUGAUGAUGGGUCACUGCUGUGCGACACCAUUGUGGCAGUGCAAACGUGCCUACGCACAGAGCGCCUCCAUGCCUUCUGGUCUGCUGUGGAUAUGUCGAUUGAACCCAAUGUUCGUCGCCACUUCCAGGCCACCUUCAGCUCCCCACAGGCCAUCGCAGAAUUCAACCGAAUCUUCACUGAGGCCAAGGACCUGGCAGUCAACAGCUCAAUUGUCGAAACCAUCGAUGAGCCUCCCAGUCAUCCAAAGUGAGAUGGUCUACAAGAAGCCGAUUCUGCCAUUCUUUUCAUCUUAUUCUAACUUAUGUUUGAUUGACGGACAUGUUGGUUACACAUUUCAGUGGUGGUAUACAACGCAAGCUGUGUAAUUCUGACGACAAAUGCACAGUUCGCAUGGCAGCAAGAAUCAGCAUUUUAGGGCAAUUCUUUUAUGCAAAGUGUUUCAAGUGCAGUUGUUAAAAAUGUAAAUGUAAAUAAGGAAAUGUGAGCAGGAUCAUUGUAUUGCAGAUGCCGAAAUAAAACCUGCUUGUUUUUCACGGUA